CAAGUUUGCGUUCGGCAAUAAAAUGCUUCGCACUGCUUGAAAAACACCUCUUUGGUUAUGUAGCAAAUUAUGCGACUUGAUUGUAUAUGACCACGCAUAUUCGUAAAGAUUGAAAAGAAUUGGCAAAUCGCGUGUCAUAAAGUACAGCAGGAGUAUAUUUUAUUAAUCCAACUUUACGGCCGAAUUUGAAAUUGAGAGUGCAGGAGGUGCAGCAUGAUAUCCUGUUCUCUUUCCGUUCUCUUCUUCACCUAAAGAAUACUAUCAAUAUUAUUUAUCGCAUUAUUUUUAUGCGUUUACAUUUAUUUUAUAUUAAAUUUUACUCACUAUUCUUAGUAUACAAUAUUAUUUACCAAUUCAUUCCGUCUUAACCAAAAACAAAAACGAUGAAAUUGUGCCUCGCGCAACUUCACUGCGGAAGCUUGGUCGCUAUUGUGCGUUCUAUUUGGACAGGAGUUUGCGAACUUUUUCAUGAUAAAUUCAAUUUCCUCGAUGAGGUAAACACUAUAAUCACUCGGUGAUGCCAUAAUGCAAUAUCUUAGUUUUGCGCGUAUCUAUCGUGUAACAUUUUAAGUGUUACACAAGAAUUAAGGUUAUUGGAGAAGAAACUUUUAAUAUCAUUCAACAUUAAAUGCGGAAAUAGUGCGAGAAGUAUCAAAAACUUCAAAUCCGGGGAAGAAACCAUUAUAUUAUUGUCUGUUAAAUUUAGUUGUGUCAUCAUGUUCAUAUGUAAAUAAUACAUGUCAAUAUAUUACAUUAUGUUUAUAUAUAUAUAUAUAUAUAUAUUGGACGAUACGCUUAAAUCCAGCCCGAAUAAUGGGCUUUCUCGUAAUGGUAUUAAUCAGCGGAAGCGAGCACAAUGAAAAAGUGUGCACUGGUACAGAACCUCAAAUUCCUGCUUCCGGCAUCACGCGGGAAUUUCAUGAGCAUCGCAUAAGCACCGCAAACCGCGUGAUACACAUAAUAAAGCAGGGGUAAUCAGCGCAAAAUAAAUAAUCCACGUGUGACUCACGUACAAACCUCGUGUAAACGUACGAUGACGUCUCAAGAAUAACGAGUCAUAAGUGACUUUAUGGUGCUCGAUCGAGUACUCAACUGGAGGAUUCGAGGACAUAUCCACUUAUCGAGCGUGCAGGUUGAUUUUCCAACCUGAAGAGGUAUUCUCAGAGCUACUUGUAUUCUUGCGGGUUUAUAUUUCUCUAGGAUUUCCAUGUACUUGAUAGCGCACGUUUCCUUGGUAAAAUUUUAAAGGGUAUUUCACGCGCUCGCACCUGCUCGCUUUUUGCCGCCAAUCUGCUGGUAGAAUCUGCUGAGCAGGUUUGCCGAUUACGGACAUAACGGAUGCUGAUUUGCCAGCAAGUUUUAUCGAAAUCUACGGCCAAUCUGCCGGCAUACUGCUCGCAUUUUGCUUACUGGGCCGCGACGUGACUGACCAACAAGCCGGCGUCUUCGAGAGACUCUGGAGUCGGUGCGACCGUAUGAAAAACUUGUCGGCUAAACUUGACCCAUAGCCAACGGACACCGAAGCGUUCAGCUACGAAUCAAUCGAGAGAGAGGAACUCGCGUCGGAGCUUCUACAAGGAUCAUCCCGUCUUGUUCUUUCUCAGGUAUAUAGUCUACACACAUACAUCUACCGUUAUUCCAGACGUUGUAUCGAUGGCGACAAUACAAAGCUUUAUCACACUCGCAAAUAAAAUGAUUCUUGAAAAUAUGACGCAAAUGUGGCUACUACUUGUCCUGCUGGCUUUGGCCGAUCAGGUCACUUGCGAUCAGAUCAUUUACCCAGAUCAAUAUGAAAUGAUGAUGAAGUUGACAUCGACAAUCCCACCUUAUUCUACCUACGCCUACAUAGGCAACAGUGGACGUGCUGAAUCAUUGCCUGCUGCUGCUUAUCCCGUGUCAAGUAUCAAUCAGGCCGCUCCGAUCGAUCAACAAUUUAAUCGUGAAUCCCCUUCGUUUUCCCUUGCCGCAGCACCGGUACGUCCGUCGUACCCUACAACUACCCCAGCUUUUUUUUCUUCAAUGAGACCAACAGCCAGUCAGGAACCAGAUUGGGGUAGUCAUGUGAACAAUAUCAUAGCCAAAGGAAUCUUGAAGUUCUCUCUGGACCUGGAUAGGGCGAUUUACAAAACCAGCGUGACAAGUAAUCGCGAUAACGUGGUCUUCUCCCCGCUCAGCGUAAGCGUCGCAUUGUCAUUAGUCUUGUUGGGUUCCGCUGGCAGAACCUUCGACGAAGUUUCACGUGUAUUGGGUUUGGAAGCCGGCGUCGACAUAUCCCAACACUCGGAAGUCGUUCACCAGAUGUUCGGCCUACUGCUGUCGUUCGUGAAUUACAGGGUUGAUGGCAGCAAUGGACCACGUGUAAAUUCUGCCAGUGGUAUAUUUGUUCAGGAAGGAUAUCCAAUUCGUCCCGAAUUCCGCGCGAUCAGCGAAAAUGCGUACAAGAGCGAGGUGAUGAGCGUAGAUUUCAAAAGAAGAGGCAUAGAAGCGCGAGAUACGAUAAAUAAUUGGGUGAAGGAACGAACGAUGGAAAAAAUCACCAGUAUAUUGAACGAAGUUCCGAAUCCAUUGACCAACGUGAUCCUUUUAUCAGCGCUCUACUUCAACGGAGAGUGGAAUCAGCAUUUCCUAAACAGUCAAACAAGGAAGAAACAAUUCUUCAUCGAACCGAACGAUGUGAUCAACGUAGAUAUGAUGUAUAACGGCGGUAAUUUCCCUUUUUACGAAGAUAAAUCGCUGAAGAUAGUAGCUCUGCCUUACAAGGGUUUAGAGAUGUCUAUGUACGUGCUUUUACCAAGCGCCGAAGGAGCCACCGCCUUGAAAAGCUUCCGGGACGGAUUAACGGCUGAAAUUAUCGAAAAUUUGAUAAGCAACCUGAGAAAUCAGACCUGCAUCAUUGGCUUGCCCCGUAUGAAAUUGUCGAGCACGUUGACUUUGAACAACGCCCUUCAAAGUCUUGGCCUGCACUCGUUAUUCAACCCGUCAAGCGCGGAUUUGAGCCUCUUAUCAAACGGAUACGGUCAGGAUCCGGUGACCAUGGCGAUCCCGUCCAUGACACAACGUACCACGUCGCCGUGGCCAAUCCCGCAAGGGUUACCGCAACCGUUACCACAAGUCUCUCAGCAAUUGCCGAAUCAAAGAUCCACGGACGACUACCUCAUCUUCUCACGAGUCUCUGAGAAUAACGGCAGUCGGAGCAAUGGCACACGGAGGAACUACUUCAGGUACGACGAUACGAGACGCGGUGUUAGCGUAGAGCAGUGGGAUACAGGCUUUCAGAUUCACCAAAUUCGUAGAACGCGUCGCAGUAUUGCCGGAAGAGAUGUUAACGACGCUGCGUCAUCGCGCACGAUGUACGCCACGGAGAACGUCGCUAACGCGCCGAAGGUCGGCGACGAGAAUACGAGAUACGUGAGCUUGGAGGAGAACAAGUAUCGCUUCCGAGACGCUUCCAAGAAAGACGGGGGAAACCGAAGGAGAAGGCAGAGUCGACCGAUGGACGAGAGUUUCUUGAGAUUUAUUCAGAGCAAGAAUUUCCCGUCUUUCGGACUGGAUGCUCUUCGAAACAGCGCGAGUCUCACGAAUCCGGGCUUGUUUGCCGACGAGGUGCUGCACAAGGUGGAGAUGGACGUGACGGAAAGAGGAACGGAAGCUGCGGCAACGACCGGCAUAAUCCUGGACCGCACGGGCAAUCAAAAGAGACUGGUGGCCGAUCGGCCUUUCCUCUUCUUCAUCAGGCACGAUCCCACGAAACUCGUUCUCUUCUGGGGCACGGUGAACGCGCCGACCCCGAAUUACGCCGUUGUCAGAUGAGAAGAGCUCCUUGAAAGCGUUCCUUCGUAGAUGCAUCGAGUUCGUUUCUCCUCGGAUCAACUUUUGCACGCUUAUAAUUAUCACUUUUCUAUAUAUUUAUAUAUUUUCUUCUCGAGCGCCGAGAACAAAGAUGCGAUUAUUCCUUAUCACUUGUUUUUCUUGCAUUUUGCGCCUCUAAACGCGAUUCUCGCACAGCCUUGCUGUAUCUCCUACGUGACUGAAGUAUAAACGAGCAGAGCCCGGAUCUUGAUGACGUAAUGACGAUCAAAGCAUUUAUAAUUUGAGAUUUUUAAUUGCAAGUAUGCAACUGAAAAGAAUAGAUUUACCUUGGAUACCUGUGAUAUUGAAAAAAAUGACACGUCAUCAUAAUUCGGGGUUCAAAAACGGUAGUUAGGAGUUGUAGUAUUUUUCUCUCGGGCAAAUAAGUUUAAGCGUUCACUGUAGCUCUCGCUGCAGUACUCAUUGUACGGCAACUUUGAGAACUGCGGUUAUCAUAAUUAGCGCCAUGACACUUAAACUCAAGUUAAUUUAAAAAUUGAAUAUUUAUAAGACGAGCGAUACUUUUAUGACAAACACAUUACGUACAAACAGUCAAAGCUGUGUUAUAGCACACUAUUGCGUGUUCUUGAGUCACUCAGUGCCUAAAAAAAGUGAAUAGCAUUCGUAGGACAAGAUAAAGUAUAACAUUAAUUUAAAUAAGAUUCGUAUUAAUCGAGUGUAGGAUAUGCGUGAUCACAGGAAACACAUGUCAAAAGCUUAUUAUCAGAUUUUAUUUUAAAGCUGCAAUCAGUACAGAACAGAAAUGAACCUCGUUCGUAUUUAUAACAUUUCCUUUAUACUUCUAAGUACAUGUGUGUAAUGCACUUUGAUAAGCGCGUUAAUGAGCUUGAAAAUUACAGAUCUAACGAAUUGUAUGAAGUACAUAAAGAAAAUUGUGCGGAAGAUUUAAUAUAAACCAAGCUGUGUGUGCGCUCUACAAGUCACGUGCACUCUGAUGUGUAUUAUCAAAGGCGUAGCGAUAAUGCAGCGUAAAAAAACGAUGCUUUUGAGUCAACCAAAUGAAA